GAAAAUAAGGAUGUUCAAAUACUUGAAGAUCAAUUAAUGGAACUUCAAAAUUCGUAUAUGGAUAUGUCUAAGAAAUAUGAACAGGCUUCUGCAUCUCUUAGCAUAUAUAAAAAUUGUAAUGAUACAGAAAAACCUUUAUCUCCAAAAGGGCAAGAUACAAUACCGGAUCAAGAAGCUAUAAAAUCAAUGGUCUCAAAAUAUGAAAACUCUAUUGUUGAAUUUGAGAAGGAACUCGUUACCGUACGAGAGGCCGUGCGAAAUGCUGAAAUGCUUGUUCGCGAACAGGAGAUGAAAGUGUUAGAAGCAGAAGACCUUAAUAAUCAAGAUACAAGGUUAAUAGACGAUCUAAAAAAUAACAUUUCAAAUCGUGAGGAAAGGAAAAAAACAACUGAGGAAUAUAUUAACCAUCUAGAAGCUAAACUGAAUGCACACGAAAGUGAACAAAAAAAAGAUCAGGAUAUAAUUAAUGAGCUUAAAGAAAGAUUAGCUCAUGUUCAGUCAGCGGGAGACGACACGGAAAAAAUAGUCAAAAAUAUUGAAUUAAAAUUGAAAGAAAGUGAAUUAAAUUAUCAAAAAAUCAAUAAAAAUGCUCAAAAAUUGGAAAAGGCUUUACAUGAUGCAUGCGAUGCUUAUCUUAAACUUGAAACACGAUAUAAAAAAGAUAGGGCUAACGAAGAUGAUGACCUUAAUCUUUUUUUGGAAGAAAUUCAAGAUCGAGAUGAAAGAAUUUCACAACUUGAGAAAAAGGCUGAGGAGCUUGUUGAAGAAAUUGAACAGAUGAAAAGGGUUAAAGCAGAAGCUGAUAGACAUUCUCUGAAACGAAAACAAUCCACGUCGACAUUUUCUUCUCUCACUGAUCUCGAAACACCAUCAACUUCCACACCACUUGGGGAUUACUACACUGCCUCUCAGCUUGAAUUACAAAUAUAUGAGUUGCAACAGAUACAAGAAAGCACAAUGUCCGAAUUUUUAGAUACCAAGCAAAAAUAUCAAUAUUGCCUUGAUAAAUUAAAUGAUCUUCAAAAACAAACAAGAAACCGUACCGGUACUUCUCGUAGAAAAUCAUUAUCAAUAUAUACUGAAUCAAUGGACGAAUUGUCAAACAAGGCUUUAAUACAAAAAUUACAAGCCGAGCUUCGACAGUUAGAAAUGUUUCAUGCUGAUAAGGCACGAGGGCUAGAUGCUGUAAAACAAGAAUUUGCUCGACUUGAGAUUAAUCAUCUUAAUACACUCGAAAUUGUCGAAGAGCUAAGGGAAGAAAUAAAAAGAAGAGAUGCAAUGGCACAAAAUGAAGUUAUGUCUGUUAUGAAUUCAGAUCAUAUUUAUGUUGAUUCUAGUGAUCUCUCUGCUGUCACUAGCGAGAUUGACAAACAGGAAAUCGUAAAUAGGCUGAGAGAAGAAGUUGAACAACUUAAAGAAGAUCAGAAGCGAAUUUUGGACACUUUAGAUACCAAUCAGGGAGGUUGUAAAAGUGAUAAAGUUUUGGAAAUUGAAAUAAAGAUCAGUGAAAUAAAAACCGAAAUGAGUAAUGUCAUUUCUGAACAUUCCAAAAAGAUGUCGGCUAAUCCGGACGAUGAAUCUCUUAACGCAACGUGCUCUAGGUUAAGAGAGCUUGAAGAACUUUUAAUAAAAGCAUUCGAGGAUAAGAGAAAGGCUAGAGUCAUUGAUGCUAUUUCAUGUCUGGAGGCUGAUACACAUUUACAGCCAGAACUUGAUGAUGAAAUGUUAGAAAUGAGAAUGCAAAUUAAUAAGCUUGACAUAGAAAUUGAAUCAAAGAGUCAUACAAUAGCAGCACUCUUGUUCCCAUCUAUUGAACAACAAAACGCAAUUCGAAAACUUGAAGAUGAACUUCAAGAAGUUAGAGAAUCAUAUCAAACAAUUUUAGAGAAAAAAAACAAAUUAAAUUCAAUUUCUGAAGAAUCUGAUGCAUUAGAGAAACAGCUCAAAACGGUAGAAGAAAAAAUGAACGACCUCGAAACUCAGAUAGCCAAGGCAACAGAGUCUCAUCACAUUCCAACUCCACGACGAAGUUCCUUGAUGUUACUUCUAGAUACACCGACGCAUAAAGCUAUUAAUAGUCUUGAUGAAAAACUUUUAAGUUUGCAAAAAGAACUUGCGACUAAAUCAGGUGCAACGGAAUCCUUGCAAGAAGAACAAGAAAUUGUC